UUUUUUAUUUUGAUUAUGGGGUUGCGGUAUUUUGGAAUCUCACCGAAGAACAAGAGAUUUCAUGUUUAAGGGAUCUUUCCGCUGCAGGUGUUAUGGCUCGUCAAUUAAAAAAAGAAGAUAUUGAAUGUGAAACAUUUCAUUUUCAAUAUGAUUUUGAUUCAUUUAGAAGACCUAGAAUAUUUAAUGAUAUGAUAACUUUAAAAUCUUGGAAUCAUAUGAUUAAACUCACCAUCAGUCAUGCAAUUAGUCAAAGUACUAAAUUAGCUUUAUAUGAAUGGCAAAUGGCGCAUACAAUUGAAGAAACAAAACAUAUACCAAAAAUGUUAACUCAAACUGGAAGAUUAAACUUGGAUCGAAGUCAAGUUACAAAGUUGA